AUUAAUUGCUUUUAGGUUAUACAGUAUAAACAAAGAUAUAAAAUGAUCCCUGUACAUAACGACAAGUCACUUAUACAUCGUGCAGUUAUCAUCUCGGACUCCCAGAAAGCUAUAACGGAAUUCAUUCGAUCUAGAAAUGAAAAGGGAACAAUUAAGAAAUAUCCCGAAUGGGACGUGGCAAGAGCAGGUCCUGCAGCAGAAUUGGUUAAAACUCGGCGAGAGUUAAAUUCAGCUGAUGUAGCUUUAAAAAUUAAGCGAGAAGAACAGCACACUAAAAGGAAAAUAAUGGAUCAACAGUGGGAUGAGUUGAAGUCUAAGGAGAAGCUAUUACGACAAUCAUUUAUCAAAUUUAACAAAUUCGUCAAAGAAAAUUAUGAGAAAAGAGAUCGUGCUGAGCAUAAAAUUAAUGAAGAAUAUGAACGUCAAAUGAAGCGCCUAGAAGACGCAGAGGACAGUGCAAACAAAUUGAAUCAUAUGAAAGAAAUUAGGGAUAAUAUGCAACAACACAUUAAAAAAUAUAAAAUAUACCAGACUUUCCUGGAAAGGGUUGUCAGCGAAACUGGACAAUUUCAAUCGAUCGCCGACAUUUUCAAUCGCUAUGAGACCUUAGUAGAAGCGAAAGAAGCCCUUUCAGAGAAUCAAGAUAAAAAACUCCAAGUUUUAGAGACUACCGGUACCGAAAUGUACCAUAUGACGGAAGUAAAGUCACAAAUAUUGAUGGGCCUGAACAAUAAGUUAGCUGAAAUACAAGGUAAAUUUGAUAGAGCCAAGGCGGAAGCUCUGAAGUGGGAGACCAUCGUUUCACAAAUUAAAGCUGCGGCAGCAGCGAAAAAUCUCGAACUUACGCAAGUUAAUUUUUGUUCCUGGAACAUGUAUCAGCAAAUCUGUAAGAGAAAAGGUCUUCUCGUAGAAGUCAGCCGCGAAGAUGCCGAGCAGCAGCUAGUACAUGUUAAGCGUACGAUUUUGGAAUUGAAACGUAUUACAAAAGUGGCAGCUAAAAAAGCCUUUAGAGAAGACAAAGGAGCUACUACUAAGUAG